CCACGUUAAACUUUGAUUCAACAGGGAAAAGGAGCCAAAGCCUUUCUCUGACUGCAAGAGAAAAAGGGGAUUCGGUGACUUAGCGCUCCAGCCCCGUAAAGCUAUCACAGAGGAUGAAGGUCCCAGAUAAAUAACAUAUGUUGCGUUUCUGAAGAGCCUGAAUAACUGCCUAAACAUACAGUGCAACAGGCGCUUUGCAUACAGCUGUGCUUUUAAUUCACUGGGGAGCUUCAUUACAAGGAUGCGGAUCAUGUUAAGUUAAGGAAGCACGGAGCCAUGAAACCGUACAUUUUACUCUUCCUGGCAGUGGUGAAUAAAGGGAUCUCUACCUAUCGGCCCUCGGAAGAGUCACCCUGUGAAAUGGUGGACAUGGAGGCAAUCUGUCACAGCAAAGAUCUUCACCUUAUCCCUCCUGAGCUCCAUCCCAACGUAAAUAAAAUAGAUUUUUCUGGAAAUCAGAUACAAAAUAUCCCUUUAAAGCCACUGUCAUUUUAUACAUCACUGCAGCAUUUGGAUUUAAACUCCAAUCAAAUAAGUUUUAUUGAACAGGGAGUGUUUGCACACAUGACAAGCUUGGUGGAGAUAAAUUUAGCCCACAAUCGAUUGGAUAGGUUUAUUCAGCACAGAACGCGAGGGGUUGGCCUUCUACCCAACGUUCUCACAUUGGACUUGUCCCACAAUAGCCUUUACAAUGGGAUGACUGAGUAUUUCACACACGAAGCACCGUCACUACAAUACCUUUCCUUGGCAGAAAAUAGCAUUACACUGAUAUCACGCAGGACGUUUCAGGGGUCUCCUGCUCUUGUCGAGGUUGACCUCCACAGCAACAUCAUCAUGGAAAUAGAAGAAGGUGCUUUUGAAGCUCUGCUGAAUCUCUCCAAACUCAAUCUCUCCGUGAACUCCAUCACGUGCAUUGCUGACUUCAGCCUCAGGCAGCUGCAAAUAUUGGACCUUAGUAGGAACAGCAUCGAGUCUUUUCACACCACAGAGUCAGAGGAAAAAUUUAAUCUGACGUGGCUGGAUCUUAGUGAGAACAAGCUUAUGUACUUCCCAACUUUCCCCCAGGUGAACAAGCUGGUGUUUCUAAAUUUAUCUAAGAAUUUAAUUCAGCUUUCUGCAGAAUCCCCUCGUGACAAUAUGGACUAUAUGGAAAGAGAUUGGCUGGAAGCUCCUUUUCAUAUUCUGGAUCAGAACCAACACAGAAAUAGAAGUUCUCCAUAUCUAUCCCAGCUUUCCUAUUUAGACUUAAGUUAUAAUGAGAUCAAAUCCAUCCCAACUGAAUUUUUUGACUUGAUGAUCUCUCUCCAGUUUCUCAAUCUCAGUAAAAACUGCCUCCAGGCUUUCUCCAUAAAUCACGACAGUGCAUUAACCUCACUAACCGUUCUUGAUUUAAGCUUUAACGCACUGCAGAGCCUUUUCCUAGAUGCCAGGACAUUGCUCAAUUUACAAGAGCUCUACGUUCAAAGCAAUCAUCUUCAAGCCUUGCCAUUCGAUAUCUUUGCAAGGCUGCCCAGAAUCAAACUGCUUAAUCUCCAGAAUAAUAAUAUUAGCCUUUGCAGCAUGUAUUCAGGAUUAGUUAAACAAAGGCUUGCCGGUGAGGAAAAUGGCUGUAUAUCGUUUGUUGAUUAUCCUACUCUUCAGUACUUAUACCUAGCUGACAACAUGUUGAGAAGCCUACCAAAAUAUACUUUCUAUAAGACUUCAUUAGUUGCCUUGGAUCUCUCUAUAAACCCGGGGCUGAAAAUAGAGGCUAAGGCAUUAUCAGGACUGGAAAAUUCGCUUGAAUAUUUGCAGUUACAUGGCAACAGCAUAACAGAUUUAAAUAUUGACCUGCCUUAUUUUAGUGUCCUGAAAUAUUUAAAUGUCUCAGAAAAUCAGCUGAGCUGGUUACCAAAGUGGGGCAGGGAUGCUUCUUUGGAAGUUUUGGAUCUCCGGGACAACAGGUUUAGUACGCUGGAGAAAAGUAAUAUUUUGGCUUUAGAGCCUUCUCUAAAGAGCUUGUACCUUUCUGGGAACCCACUGAGCUGCUGUGAAAAUGUCUGGCUCUCUGCCAUGAUCCAGAAUAAAAAUGUAGAGAUCCCCAAUGUAGAACAGAUAACGUGCCAGUACUCCAAGAGCUUUGGCUUCCAAGAAGAAAUAUCCAUUAGCAACAUAAAACCACAAGACUGUGAAAAAGAGGAUCUAAAGAAAAUUAACUUGCUCAUUAUACUAACAUUUGCAUUGGUGUUGUUAGUAAUCAUCAUUGGAGUGUGCUCGUUUUGUUGGUUCCGCAGAGAAAGGUUUGGCCAGCAAUUUAAAGCAUAGCUCAUGGACUAACGUAGUGACAAUCAAAUCAGGUGCUGCGCUACAGUGUGUAGAAACAAAGGGAAACAUUUCUUGGUUUUGCUAUCAACUAUGGACGUUAAAGCCUAUUUCCGUUCUGCUCUCAGCUGCACCAGCAUCGUUGCUUAGGGUUGCAAUGUCCUAAUGUCUGGGAGGAGAAUUUGUUAUAUUUUGCACUUGUUCCAAGCUGAAACAGAACUGUGAAAAUGCAUAUGUAAAACUCUGCUUGCAUGAGGUUUUUUUGAUCUUAAAAAAAAAUGCCUGGGGCCCUAUAAAACCAUCGCUGAAACUCAAAGCACAGUCUUUGGCUAUCCCUAGAUACUUGAUCUUUGCAAACAUUCUUAUCAUGGUUUAAAGUCAUUUUUUGGUGACAAUAGGUGGACCAAUGAAUCACACCCUGGGUAUGAUAAGUCCUUGCGCGCUGUCUUAACAAACCCAUGUGUUUUGACAAAUCAUACCACUUGGAUCCAAGUGUUGUUUUGUCACAAUUUCAAAGGAGGUAAAACCAUGGGAGGCAAGACCAGUGAGAACUAGAGCUGGCUCUAGCCAUUUCACUGCCUUGGGUAAAAUAAAUGUUCCCUAAUCACAUAAAUAACCAGGCUAAACAGCUAGAAACCACUGAUCACUAGAAAUGCCUCCCCUUCAAUUAUGCCACCCUGAGCAACUGCUCAGUUUGUCCACAGUUUGGGUCUGCCCAGACAAAUACCAAUAUGUGAUUUUUUGCUCUUCUGAGUUGACCGCAAAUUUCCCAUUCAGUACAAAGCAACAGUAGGAAGCUAGGGAUCUCAGGAACAAAAAGUCAGUGGAGCUCAGGACUGCCACUUUGAUACAAAGAAAUAUUUCCAAGUGUUUUUAGGGAUCAAAAGGCCCUCUUAUCCCAAAACUAUAGGCCUCCAUUGCUUGAGUGAAGGAAAUCCCAACCAGAUAGUACAGGGAUGUCAAUCUUACCCCAUGCCCUAGGCUGGGUCUGGACUGUGGGGCUCCUUUAUGGGCUGGAUCCAGGGGCCAACACAAGCAUCCAAAGCAGUGGGACAAGCGGCAAUGGGACAAGCGGUCAUGUGUCACAGUGGAGGCAGCUCAAGUGGUGGUAGCAGCGGGACAAGUGCUUAUAUGUUAACUGGCCACAGGGGAAGUGGGGCUGCAUCAGCACAGCCCUCACUCACCUGCCUGCUGCCAAGGGUCAUGUUUGACACCCCUGAGUAGAUACGAGGCAGUUACAGUCCCUGGGGCUACUCAGGAACGGAGGACAUGAUUACACACACUAAGCAGCGUCUAUAAUGCCUCCUAGAAAUUGUGCAGAAAUCUGCACUGAGGACCCCAGUUCCACCAUUCAGCUCAGAGGGGAGACAUUUGUCCAGAGAGUGCAAUAGGUAUUUUACUGGCUUUUACAUGAAGAAAUUCAUUUCUUUGGAGACGCUUGUCAAAAUCUUUCCCAGAGGAUGAAUUUCAAGCAGCAAAUAAUCAGACCUAACUAUUUGUAUUUGCACAAACACACAGUAAUUUCAAACUCCCUGAGAACAGUUCCACUUCGGUGCAUGAAAAUAAGGUCAAAGGAAGGGGCUGGGGCUAGAGGACUGAGCCUAUGCACCAGGACUCAGGCAGUAAAAUGAACUUGGCAAGCCUCAAACCUAACGAAUGUAUUAGGGGGACACACAGGUCUUGCAUCUACUCUACUAGGCUAUCCAGGCCACGUGGUGGCAGAGUGGUUGAAGUGUCUCGCGAUGGCUUCAAAGAUGUAGAUUUGAGCUUCACUCUGGACUCAUACUAAGAGUUUCAUAAUGAGAUUCAUAGAUGUUAGGGGCUGGAAGGGACCUUACAAGAUCAGUGGGUCCAGCCCCCCCGCAUUUGUGCAGGAAAGACAACUGGGGUCAGAUGUUGUCCCCACCUAAUCCAGCUAAAAAUAAAUACCUAGCCGUUUGGGCUAUGGAGUCAAAAGUGGCUAUAUAUGAAGGCUAGCCCCAUCCACUCGCCUUGAAUGCCAGUGGCUACAGAAGCCAUUUUGCCCUUAAAUCACACUAGCCUAAUGGGUUGUUAGGCUUGGAUGAACCUUUGACUACUUUUUGCUUAGACUGUCCAAUGCAUCACCACCUGAUGGAAAGAAAGACAUAGCCACCAACAGCUUGAACAAACUCCAGCUGAAGCUCACCGAUCUCUACAGGAGAGGGACCAAGCCCCAAGAUUUCAAUUAUGUGCGAAUGCCAAGAGUCAGACUUUACACUGCUUAAUAUCCAAAUGCUCAAAUAGCAUAACAGGGGUGUCAAACUCAUCCAUGCCUGGACCGGAUCUGCCUGGUGAUUGGGAUGCAGCAACAGUGGUGGAGCACGUGGCAGCGACAGCUUCAGGGGUUAAUGCAGCUGUUCUUCACCCCCUGCCACUGACAUGCUUCUCAAACAGGGCUUCUUGCCCCAGAUUUGGGUGGCCGGCUCCACUCCCACUUGCCCAGAAAUCCCAGCCCCCCUAUGAGCUACAUGACACAUCUCCGCAGGCUGCAAGUUUGACCCCUUGAUCUAAUGCAAACCUACCGGGUAAGAAACUCCGAAUUAAGUUGCUGCUCUAGUCUGUUGUUGGUGGGUCCUCCCCACCCAGCUACUGAAUGUCAAAACUAGCACACUACAAAUAAUUGUAUAGUCAUGUUUCAAAAGUAAUUCUGUAAGAAAAUGACUUGUAGCAUUCAUUGUUGGGAUUUUGUAAGACAGAGGCACCUUCCAACUUUGUAAAAUGCACAGACGUGAAUAUAUUAAAGCACCGGUUUGGACUACUCCGGAGAUAAACAUC